UAAAUCGCAGGGAUUGCUACCAAGCAACACAACAGGGGUGCAUGAGAAUACCAAGAAAGGGACAGUGACCAGUGAGGCUAGUUCCACAAGCACAUUGGGAAAAGUGAAAGCUGAUGUAGAGGAGACUGGAUCAGCAGUGACACUGAGAUACAGCAGUCAGACACAGUACAGGAAGGAAACCUGUAUCACCAGCAACAGAGCAGAUACACUGAAAGGAAGCUGCAAGCACACAGGACCCAUGAGCAUUCAAGAUGAUAUGAAGCCCAGCUGCAGUCAUACUUGGAAAAUGACUCUACCCCAAGCACAGAAGAAUUCUAACAAAGUUGCUUGUAACAGGAUAACACACACAGAGAAACAUCAGAAACAACCUGCUAAGUCCAGCAAACUAGGAGGCAAAGAAAUUAGAAAGCCCCUUACAGUGGUGGCCUACAAUGGCAAGACUCUAUCACUGAGUCAAGUCCAUCGAAGGAAUCGUUUUGGAGAGAAUAUGCUCCAUAGGACUGUGAUAGCGGGAGAUACUCAGAUGGUCCGGGACAUCCUCAAACUGAAACCUAAUGUCAAGAUGGCUGACAAUGCAGGAUUGACUGCUCUCCAUGAAGCUGUAAUUCAUGGUUUCUAUGAAGUCAUUGUGGAUCUGAUUAAGUCUGGAGCUCAGGUCAAUGCCACAGCAAACAAUGGAGACACACCUCUACAUGAUGCUAUCGCAAAUGGUCAUAUGAAGAUUGCUGAAGUACUCUUGAAACAUGGUGCAAAUCCACUGCUGGGGAACAAAAAUGGAGAAACACCUUAUAACAUCAACAAAGAGCCCUCUCUACAACGACUAAUGUUGAAAAAUAUUACUGAAAGCAACAGGAUGGCAGUAUCAGGCAACAAAGGGGAAGAACUAUCAGCACCAAGACCACAGCGUUUCUCCAACGCUGAAAUGUUACAAAGCAGUCAAUCCCAGAGCCUGGUUUGCAUUGCCAAGAGGACCAGGGCUGCACAGUCAAGCUACCAAGCAAACUACCAAAGCUACCAAAGCAAUGCCCUGGAAGACAACAGUCAAAACCAGCCAGGGAUGAAAGAAUCAAUCAAUAGUAGAGAGACUUAUAAAGGCAGGAUUUUAUCUGUGACCAAUGUCUUUAGAAAAAAUUGCUUCGGACAGACUUUGCUCCACAUGGCUGCUAAAGAAGGAAACACUCACAUGGUCCGCCAAAUUUUGAAAGUUGGGGCUGAGGUCAACAUUGCUGACAAUGCAGGAUGGACGCCUCUCCAUGAAGCUGUAGUCCAUGGUUUCUGCGAAGUCAGUGUGGAUCUGAUAAAGACUGGAGCACUGGUCAAUGCCACAGCACAUAAUGGUGUCACACCUCUACAUGAUGCCAUCAGACAUGGCCAUAUGAUGAUUGCUGAGGUACUCCUGAAGCAUGGUGCAGACCCCCUCUUAAAGGAUGUAGAUGGAAAAACAGCCUUCAGUAUUACCACAGAACCAUUUUUACAAAAACUAAUGGAGGAAAAUAUUCCUAUAAACAAAAGAGAGGAACUACUAGGUCUCAACAUUUCCCAGUGUUUUAAUGCUUGUAUUGGCCUUUUGACCUUAGAGACAACAUGUUUACAAUAA